CUAGCUUGAUCUGGGAGAUCAAGAUGUCUCAGCGAAGCGGUCAAUCGGCUCCUCAAAUCCCUUCUCAAGCGGACGAGAGCAUCAUGACUACUUUGAGGGUCAUAAUGGACGUAUUGAAGUCACAUGAUGGAUCUAUCAAGCAGCUACAUAAGUGGCUAGAUCAAGAUUCCAUGAAGACCACUAGUCCAAUGCGAGGUCCUAAUAUCUUAGCAACUGGUAAUCUGAGUGAAGUGGUUCCAACCCUACCGUUGAACGAGCCUCCAGUACGAGAUGGUGAACCUUUGGCUGAUAAUAUCCCAGAUGAUGUCUCAGAAGUGUCUUCCCUAGUAUCCAGUAGAACAGAGUACAAGGAACUACCCAGUAGAUCAACUCUCAUUAACAGUACUAUGUCAUCAGGGGGUCAUGUGGAUCAGCAUAUGCCACAAUAUGUCACUGGGCCUGGAAUCGGCAAAACAGGCGUUACAAAUGAAUAUUUCAGUACACCAAUGAGAACAAGCCUCAAUAAUGGUGCACCUACCAGGCCAUCUAUAGCAGAUGAUAAGGCAAAGUUUGACAUAUCCAUGUCAUCUAUUGAUGCUGAUACGAGUGGAGGAAGAGACAUCUUGCAAUCACCAUGGCAACCAAGUUCCUUACAGCAAAGCCCAUCUAUGAAGACAGGAAACAGAACUUCUUUAGCAAAUGUUUCAUUGGGUGUUCUUCAAACAAAAAUUCAACUGCUCGAAAACCAAGUUAGUGAAUGGAGUGAAAUCAUGGAUGAAAUGUCUGAUCGCAUGGCCAAGCAACCGUCUCUUAUCAGGAAAUUCGCCAAAGAAAGUACUUGCGAUAAAGUGAGUCAGUCUCAACAUAUGGAAGACAUUGACAUACUGGAAAACCGACUCUUGGCCAAGAUGGAUGAACGGUUCGCACACUUUGACAGGAAGAUAAUCGAGUUGUACGAUGACAUAACCACUAGAGUGGAGGUCAAGAGUUCCCCAAAGGGUGAAACACAGGACACAGCCGCACAAUUCAGCGUUGAGUUGGAUUCAUUGACAGCACAGUUCAAUGAACAACAAAACGAACUUCGAGUAAUUGAAAAAGACCUAAACAAACUCGAUGAUGAGGUGUAUCAAGUCAAACAGGACACCAACAUGUACAGACAUCACGUGACUAGUAAACGAAGCGACGAAGAGCUUGUAUCACUGGUGGCCGAGCAGCUACUGGACCGAGAAGACGUGACUGGUUGGAAAACUGCACUCAAAGAAAUGCAUUCUGCUCUUAAUAAACAGUCAGAAAUCAACUCGUCCCUUCAUCAUUCCUUCGCAUCGCUGGACAAGAAAAUGAAUUCCCUUAAUGUAACAUUUCCUCAUCAUGGCAGAUGGCGUUGGGGUGGUGUGUCAAGCGUCUACCCAAAAGGCCAUUCGUGCGUCAAUGGGUAUCACGCUGAUGACAUCAGCUUCGUAGCGCAACUCAUUAAUUCCGAGCCAAGAAUGUUUGUUUGGGAGAGAAAUAAACCCUACGUUGUAGUAACGACUGCUGGGUGUUACUGGAUUACUAUUGGUGCAUUCGGCUUGAAGUCCAACUCUCCACCAUCUCUACAGGUUACAGUAGACGAAGAACCAGUAUCA